AUGUUGCGAUCGAAGAAAAAGGACAAGGAGAAUGGAAAGAGCGAAAAAGAAAAGAAGGAGAAACUGAAGAAAGAAGAGUCGCAAAAGAUGUCAAUUCCGACAAUUCGCACAGAAGAUGUUGGAGGUGACAUGAUUCCACCAGAUGCACCGCCGCCCACAACAAUUGGCAAGAAAAAUAGUUUUGGCGGAGGUCCUAUGAUCCCACGACGAGAACGACGACAAUCGAGCAGUUUAUUCAAUAUAUCGCAGAAUCGUGAACUUGUUCGAUUGCCGCCAAUCAAAGAGGCCGAACCGAAUGCGCGCGAAGAAUUGUUCAUUCAAAAACUGCGACAAUGUUGCGUUGUUUUCGAUUUUGCAAUCGACGCAUUGAGUGACCUCAAGUACAAGGAAGUGAAAAGAGCUGCAUUAAAUGAGCUUGUCGACUAUGUAACCACAGGGAGAGGUGUUAUUACGGAAGCUAUUUAUCCGGAAGCAGUUAAUAUGUUUGCUACCAAUUUGUUCCGACCGUUGUCGCCGCCAACGAAUCCAAUUGGAGCAGAAUUCGAUCCGGAUGAGGAUGAACCGACACUUGAAGCCGCUUGGCCACACUUGCAACUCGUUUAUGAAUUUUUCUUGCGCUUCCUGGAAGCACCAGAUUUUCAAUCAUCGAUAGCGAAGAAGUACAUUGAUCAAAAUUUCAUAUUAAGACUUCUCAUGAUAAUGGACAGUGAAGACCCUCGCGAACGUGAUUUCCUUAAAACGACCCUUCACAGGAUAUAUGGAAAGUUUUUGAGCCAACGUGCUUAUAUCCGAAAACAAAUGAACAAUAUCUUCUACUCUUUUAUCUACGAAACUGAACGACAUAACGGAAUCGCUGAGCUUCUUGAGAUUCUUGGAAGCAUUAUCAAUGGUUUUGCGAUGCCGCUUAAGGAGGAACACAAAACCUUUCUAUUAAGGGUUCUUUUACCUCUACACAAGGUGAAAUCGCUAUCGGUGUAUCAUCCACAACUAGCAUACUGUGUUGUUCAGUUUAUUGAAAAAGAUUCCACAUUAACCGAACCUGUCAUCAACGGAUUAUUACGGUUUUGGCCGAAACAGCACAGUCCGAAAGAGGUUAUGUUUUUAAACGAGUUGGAAGAAGUUUUGGAUGUUAUCGAACCAGCCGAGUUCCAAAAAGUGAUGGUCCCAAUGUUCCAACAACUUGCCAGAUGUGUUAGCAGUCCUCAUUUUCAGGUUGCUGAACGUGCCUUGUACUAUUGGAACAAUGAAUAUGUGAUGACUUUAGUGUCUGACAACGCAAAAGUCAUCACACCGAUCAUGUUCCCCGUCCUGUUUAAAAACAGCAAAUCUCAUUGGAAUAAAACUAUUCAUGGUCUUGUCUACAAUGCGCUGAAAAUGUUCAUGGAAAUGAAUCAAAAGCUGUUCGACGAAUGUUCGCAGAACUACAACAAGAGUCUUGCAAACGAAAAACAAACGAUUGACGAGAAGGAACGAAUGUGGUCGAAGAUAGAGGAAGCUGCUAAGAAAAAUCCGCAGUAUCAUGAAGUAAAGGCACUGUUCGAAGAAAUGGACAUUGCUCAGCAAUUGGCACUAAAUGGUGCAUUGAAGGACAUCGAUAAGCUGACAAAUGGAAUAGCGGCGGUGUCGGUGCCAAGCAAAGAAGAGAUUUUGAAGAAUUCUAUAACACCUGAGGAGCUCGAAAAAGAGAAAGGAUAUGCUCCGAACCAGAAGAGCUCAGAUUUUCCACUAGAUGAGAGCACCUCUCGUGCACUUGGAGAAUAUAAAAGACACGAUGCCUAUCUGAAAAAAGUGAUGAGCAGCGAUGAAUGA